UUAGAGGAGCCCAAAUUUCCAGUAGCACUGCAGGCAGCUAGUGCACAAAAAGAAAAAGAGAUAGAUAAAUAUUUCAAAUAGUUUUAGGGAAACUAGAAUUUUUAAAAUAUAUUUUUAAUAACUUUUUUGACUUUCAAAUAUUAGGGGAACAAAGAGAGAAAAUGAUAGGUCAGCUGUAUAUCACAAUAAUUUCCCUGACCCUGGCUGGCAAUGCAUACUGUCAAACAAGUUCUUCCUCUCCUUUAACUUCUUCCUCUCUUCCAACAGCAAGUACCCCCCCUCUUGUAUCAGUCACGUCCAAACUGGGUGAGAACAUCACCUUGCCCUGCAGACUUCAGUCAGGGGGCAGUGAUGUCUUUGGAGCUAUGAAAGUCACAUGGACCAAAGUUGGACAAAAUGGAUCUGAGAAUGAAGAAGUGCUAUUGUCAAUGGGUAUACACACAUCGGGAAAGUUUAAGGAUCGUGCCUAUUUGGUUGACACAAACGCUGGCGAUGCAUCCUUAGUGUUAACUAACAUCUCCAUGGAGGACAUGGGAAAAUAUCACUGUGAGGUCCAGGAUGGUAUGGAAGACAUCGUAAAACAUGUCAUCCUAGAGGUAGAAAAUGGCACAACUGAAGGUGUUGUAUUCCCCUAUGCUCCACAUCAUGGGCGCUACAACAUGAGUUUUGAUGAUGCUGUGCAGGCAUGUUCCAGCCAGGGUGCUGUGAUUGCCUCAUUUGAACAGCUCCUACAGGCCUGGGAAGAUGGACUGGACUGGUGCAAUGCUGGCUGGCUCGAUGAUGGUACAGUACAUUAUCCCAUCAAAAAACCCAGAGAGCCCUGCGGUGGUGCUAUCAGCAGUCCUGGUAUUAGAAGCUACGGUCGCAGAAACAAGCAGAAGAGCCGCUUUGAUGUCUUCUGCUUUGCUUCCAAACUUGAGGGUCAAUUUUAUUGGUUGACCCAGCCAGAUAGACUGACCUACGACGAGGCUGUGCAGAUGUGCAAAGACGACAAUGCAGAGAUUGCCAAAGUUGGUCAUAUGUAUGCAGCCUGGAAGCUUGAGGACUACGAUCGCUGUGACGCUGGCUGGCUGGCUGAUGGAAGUGUCCGCUACCCUAUCUCCAGACCCCGCAAGAACUGCAGUCCCACAGAGGCUGCUGUGCGCUUUGUUGGAUUCCCUGACAAAAAAGUCAAGUCUUAUGGUGUCUACUGUUUCAAGCCUUACUAGUGAGAAUAU